AUGCGGCUGUGGUGGAUUUUACUCUUUGCUUUCUGGAGUGUCUGCGGGGAACUGCCAUUCAUAGCGGAGAACAACGCGGCUAUGUUGGUCAACUGGAAUGCUGUCGAUGGGAACAAAAACCUGUACGCCAUCUAUGACACAAGCGCCAACAAGCCGGGGAACAUGUCCUUCGUAAAAGAAACCGUGGACAAACUGCUGAAAGGAUAUGAUAUCCGUCUCCGGCCCGACUUUGGAGGUAAACCGGUUGCCGUUGGAAUGAGUAUCGACGUGGCGAGCAUAGACAUGGUGUCAGAAGUCAACAUGGACUACACGCUGACGAUGUACUUCCAGCAGUACUGGAGGGAUAAGAGGCUGGCGUACCUGGGCAUCCCUCUGAACCUGACGCUGGACAACCGAGUGGCCGACCAGCUGUGGGUCCCCGACACCUACUUCCUCAACGACAAGAAGUCCUUUGUCCACGGAGUCACCGUCAAGAACCGGAUGAUCCGGCUGCACCCGGACGGCACCGUGCUGUACGGCCUCCGAAUCACGACGACGGCCGCCUGCAUGAUGGAUCUGAGGCGAUACCCGCUGGACGAGCAGAACUGCACUCUGGAAAUUGAGAGUUAUGGUUACACUACAGAUGACAUCGAGUUUUACUGGAAAGGAGGAGACAUCGCAGUGACCGGAGUGACUCGAAUCGAGCUCCCUCAGUUCUCCAUCGUCGACUACAAGCUGGUGUCCAGGAACGUCGUCUUCUCCACAGGUGCCUACCCUCGACUGUCUCUGAGCUUCAAGCUGAAGAGAAACAUCGGGUACUUCAUCCUGCAGACCUACAUGCCCUCCAUCCUCAUCACCAUCCUGUCCUGGGUGUCCUUCUGGAUAAAUUACGAUGCCUCGGCUGCCAGAGUUGCAUUAGGGAUCACCACUGUCCUGACCAUGACUACCAUCAACACCCAUCUGAGAGAGACUCUGCCCAAGAUCCCGUACGUGAAAGCCAUAGACAUGUACCUGAUGGGCUGCUUCGUGUUCGUCUUCCUCGCUCUGCUGGAAUAUGCCUUCGUGAACUACAUCUUCUUUGGAAGAGGCCCUCAGAUGCAGAAGAGACUGGCGGAGAGGGCGCAGAAGGCCAACAAUGACCGAGAGAAUUUAGACAGACCCAGGUCCCUUCUGGAAGGAGGCAAUUGCAAGUCUUCGUCUGUAAAACAGUCCAAUCAGGUUCACGGGCGGCGCCCCUCACGCAGGGUCGACUCCCAGGGGAACAUUUUACUGACAACCUUGGAGAUCCACAACGAGGUGGGAGGGAAUGAGAUCACCACCAGGGUGUGCGAGACCCACAACUCUUCUUCCAUGGUGUUCGACAACUCUGGGGUCCAGAACAGGAAGCUGAGCGAACCACGCUCCAGCCUGGAGAGGAACGUAUAUUCGAGGAGAGCGCGUCUGCAGAGAAGAACCUCUCAGCUCAAAAUCAAAAUCCCAGACCUGACGGAUGUGAACGCUAUCGACAGAAUGUCACGGAUAAUAUUCCCCUUCAGCUUCUCCCUCUUCAACGUCAUCUACUGGCUUUACUAUGUCAACUAAUGCACUGGUGUUUUGUUUUAAACACACGUCUGUGUCAUUUCUUUAUGUGAAGAACAUAAUAUUACACUUUUUUUUUUAUCAUAGCGAGACUUUGAUGAAAGAGACAGAUUCACAGUCACGAGGAUUUAACUACAAGAUGCAUUUUACAAAGACUUUACUGAACUGUAUCUCUGCUCUAUGAAGAGCUGGGACAUUGUACGUCUUUGCGGUA